UCGGAGAGGCCAACUUCUCCCGCCUCAUUUUUGGGUCAGCUUUCUCCACCAGCAUCACUGCUUGGCACAGAUCCAGAGAUGAGCAAUCAAGAAGUAGUUUAUUCAACCCCGAGAUUUCUUCAGUCUUCUUCAGAGUCACAAAACAGAUUAAGGCCUGGUGGUACUCAAAUGCCUGAGAAAAGUGAUGACAAAGAGUUUUCAGGACCCUGGCAUCUCAUUUCAAGGACUCUAGGGAUCCUCUGUUUACUUCUAUUGAUGACAGUUAUCGUGCUGGGGACAAUGAUUUUUCAGUGUACUCAAGAAAAACAUCAGCAGGAUGAAAUUCUACAGAACCUCAGACAAAAGUACCAGAAUAUGCAAAAUGACAGCUACUUAAAAGAGCAACUUUUGACAAAUAAGACUUUAGAAUAUGGUAUUCUCAAAAAUAAAACCAUUCAGCGUAAAAAGGAACUGGCCUUACUCUUAACAGAAAAGAACAGAUGCAAUACAAUAAAAAUCUUUUCAACAUCUUUGCAAAAUACAGACAAACUCUUUGAAGGAUGUGGAAUGAACUGUUAUUAUUUUACCGCUGAAAGUAAAACCUGGACGGAAUGUAAACAGAUUUGCCAGAAUUAUGGGUCAUCUCUUCUGAAGAUAGAUGAUGCAGAUGAACGGACUUUCCUUCAAUCCAAGAUUAAUAGAAAUAUGUACUGGAUUGGAUUAUCAUUUAAUGGAGGAGAAAAGAAAUGGGAAUGGAUUGACAGUGGCACAUCUGGACUUGAUCUUAAAAUAUGGAAUCUGUCUUCUGGAAUAGGAAAAUGUGCCUUUUUAAGCUCAACAAGACUAACAGAUGUUGAUUGCACUAAAACCUACAAUUGUAUCUGUGAGAAGAGAAUUGAUUGCAUUGUGUCUGGUUUAAUAGAGACUAAGGAGGAAAGGCCUUAGUCAAUUGUGGAAACAAAAAUGAACUGGAAGAGGAAGAAAAUGAUCUUUUGGACUAUGAUAUGAGAGAUCAGAUACCAUCUGUCUUCUUGGGGAAGAGGGGACAAUUUUGUCUUUGGAGAGCAGUUACUCCUCUCUUUAAUGGGCCUGAAGAAUUAUUCUCUCUAUUUUCCUGUGCU